UUAUAAAGUUUGAAAUAUAAUUAAAUAUAGAAAAAGUGUUUAAUUAACAAGUGCGCUCUAAAGCAGCUGCUAAACCGACAGCCAAAUUCAGCAGUUUUUCACAAAGUAAGUGCAACACGAUGCGUGGACUGGUUGACGAGGCUAAGAAGUCAAAAUUUGGCACGGCCAACAACAACAACAAUAACAACAACCUCAACCACAGCAGCAGCAGCAGCGGCAACAUGGGCAGUCGUGGCAGGACAACGCUGGCCAGUGCCAGCACAUCUCGAUCCUUGAAGGGUGCUAUUAAAACGCCCACAACAACAACAGCAACAACAGGCGGUGCGGCCAAAAAGCUAUCACCACAAGUUGCUACAAAGUCCAAGGCAGCUGUGUCUACAACAACAGCAGCAGCAGCAACAACAACAACAACAACAACAACAACUAGCAGCAGCCACACAGCAAGCAGCUCCAGCAUGAAGUCCAGUGCCGCAAAAGUCCAAAAGGGUCAGAAUCCACCCCCACAGGCGCAGUCAACGGCCGCAGCAGCAGCAGCCGUGCCCCCUCCUGCACCCACACCCGCACCUGCAGCAGCCACCCUGCAGCCACAGUCAACGCAGCUGCAGCCGUACAACAACAACAGCAACACCAUUGCUUUACCCAAGGCAUCGCAUGCCAAUACCAGCGAGGAGCUGGCCGGCGGCGUCCAGGACACCAUUUACCUAUGCAAUUUUCGCGUCUCUGUGGACGGCGAAUGGCUGUGCCUCAAGGAGCUGCAGGACAUCGAUGUGGCAAACGGCCAGAAGACUGUGGGCGGCGGCGCAGCGCUUAUAAAUGCCACAGGAGUAGCUGGCGGUGCAGGUGCAGGAGGCGCCGCCGGUGCUGGCCACGUGCAGCAGCGUACACAGACGCACCAUCAUCAGUUUGGGCAGCGCAACAGCAAACGCUACUCGGGCCUGUCGACAACCAGCGGCGGUGGCACAUUCGAGGAUAACGGUAUUAUGGCAAUUGAAAAUCUAAUCGGUCGCCGUCUGUGCGACGUUGUCGGCUCAAAUGCACUUGCAACGGCAACGCAACAGCAGCACAAAAAUGUCGGCCUCAUCGGUGGCACAUUAGCUGAGUGGUCGCAUCUCUCACGUGACACGGCCGAGAUUGAGCGCAGCAAUUUGGUCAACAUUUGCAAGCUAGUUGUCAAGGAGCUGCUGGAGCAAUCGCUACGCUAUGGCCGCAUGCUCGACUCGGAUCAUUUGCCGCUCCAGCAUUUCUUCAUAGUUAUUGAGCAUGUUCUGGGGCAUGGACUGCGACCCAAGAAGGGUCUGCUGGGGCCGCGCAAGGAGCUCUGGGAUUUGCUGCAGAGUGUCGAAACCUAUUGCCCCGAGGCGCAGGAUAUCACGGCCAGUGUGAGAGAUCUACCCACGGUCCGCACACACAUAGGACGCGCACGUGCCUGGCUACGCAUUGCUCUCAUGCAAAAGAAGCUAUCCGAUUACCUGCAGGCAUUGAUCGAGCAUCGCGAGGAUUCAUUGCACGACUACUACGAACCGCAUGCUCUGAUGAUGAGUGAUGAGAUUGUUGUCAUUAUGGGCAUUUUGGUGGGCCUAAAUGUUAUAGAUUGCAAUCUGUGUGUCAAGGAGGAGGAUCUGGACUCGCAGCAGGGCGUCAUCGACUUUUCGCUCUAUCUACGCUCCAGCUCCCGCAGUGCUGAAUCCAGCGAGGAGUCUGGUGCGCCACCUGCCCAACUGGAUGCCGCUGGGCAGGGCAACAUGAUUGCCGUGUUGGAUCAGAAGAACUAUAUCGAAGAGCUCAAUCGGCAUUUAAACGCCACUGUGGGCAAUCUUCAGGCAAAGGUCGAGUCGCUGACCACCACCAAUGCCUUGAUGAAGGAGGAUCUGGCCAUAGCGCGCAACAGUUUGCUCGCCUUGCAGGCCGAGAACCAGGCCAUGCGCCAGUCCGCCAGCCAACAGGCAGCACAAAGUCACUCGGACAACAGCUCCACGGGCAGUGGCAGUGACAAAGACAAGGACAAGGACAAGGUCGACGGCUUGAGCACGGAGCUGGCGGAGGAGCGUAAACGCAGCGCCGAGCUGGAUAAGGAGCUCAAGCUGCAGAUCUCCCUCAAAGCCGAAUCCGACAUGGCCAUGAAACUGCUGGAGAAGGAUAUACAUGAGAAACAGGACACGAUUGUCUCGCUUCGCCGUCAACUGGAUGACAUCAAGCAAAUCAACCUGGAGAUGUAUCGCAAGCUGCAGGAAUGUGAAGAUGAACUUACACAGAAGGGCGAGAUGGUCUCUCGUUUGCAAACGAAAGCCUCACAAAUUGGUAACAUUUUACAAUCGCUAGAAAAGAAAUACGAGUCCAAGCUCGUCGAGCAGCAGCAGGUGAGCGCCGGCUGCGGCGGGGAUCGUUCGCCCAACACGCGACGCCAGCAGAAUUUGCAAAAGUUCGAGGCACUCACCAAGAAGCACAAACAGGACACCGGACCGCCGAUGAAGCGGCUGCAUCUCAAGAUGGAGGGCAUACCGCCCUUCAAUCCCAACAACUAUCGCAAAUCGCCAGCCGCCACCCAGAUCCAGUUGCAGCCCGAUGAGCCAACCACAGCCAAGACGCCCACGUCCGCCAAAUCCUUGAACGAUGAGCUGGCCGAGGCAGCGGCCGCUGUGACGCAGCAUUUUAAGGGCGGCGGCGAUGGGUCACGCAGCGACUACGCGCUGUCCCGGGAACAGGAGGCGACAGGAGACGGCGACGCCUAAAAUAGCAACAGCUUUAGUUUUAUUUAAUUGUUAAGAAGGCAUUUACUUAAGUGUACAGUGGUUGCUCGCUAAUGGGAACGGUUCGGAAUUGGUUUUAAAUAGCUGGAAAAAAAAUACCAAUAUCGGAAGACAGGUUUUUGUUUUCAAACUAAAACAUUUAUCAAUAUAAUAUCUAUAAUAUAUAUAGUUUUUGCUACUUGACUGACUGAUUGAUGGACUGACAGAUUGGUGAUUGAUGAAAAGAGCCAGGAGGCUCUUCUUUCUGAAAAUAAUUGGAGCCGCUUAAAACCCUAUUAAAGGGUUUAAAUUUUAAAUGAAAGGGAAACUGGUUUAAAAUGUUCUGAAACACAUGUUGACCGGGCAAAGAGGGUUAAUAUUUGCUUUUAUACUACAUUUAUUUGGGCCAAUUUUAUUUAUUUACUUUUUUGAAUUGUUAAACAAUAACAUAACAGGCAACUCCUAACUUGCGAGCGGCCACUGUAUAUUAAUUGUGCUAGUCAGGUGUACCUAUGGGCACCUAUAAACCAUAUAAGUACUAAAUUCUGAGCUCUUGUGGUCCGCUAAUAGAGCUGUUAACCUAACUGUAACUGAAAGUGCAACUGCUUAACAAUAUGUCAAUAUUUGAGAUCCGAUAUUAAAAAUACGUUGCCUUCAGUACUACCUAUAUAGUACCAUAGUCAUGUGUUAUAUAAAUAUAUAUAUAUAUUUAUAUUGAAUACUCGUAUAGCUCCUUAGUAUAGCUCCUUAGCAAAAGGCUAUAACACGUUGUUGAAGAUUCUCCAAAUUAUAAGCUGUUAGCUGAAUUUCCUUCCCCUCCCCCAUCGUAAAGGCCCCAAGUAUUGCAAAUUGCAUUAUGAUGUACUAUAGAGCUGAUUUAUUAUAUUAUAUUAUAUUCAAAUCGAUACGCAUAUGUACUCGCAACUUGCUUUAUAUAUAUAUCAUUUAUAUAAAUAGAUAUAUAUAUGUACU